AUGGCGCAAUUGGGGCGGGUCGGGCUUACCUCGAGCUGGAGCUUUGAAGCAGGCACGAACUGAAGUCCAGGAAAGAGGGCGGUCUUGUGGCAGAGGGCGCGCCGUGACACAACAGCUCGUUACACAAGGCUAGAGAAGGCGGGUGGGCGAAAAUAGCAGGCAGGACUUCUGGAAGGCCAGGGAAGCCGGGGAGCGCCACCUGCGAGAGAAGUAUUGUUCGGUUCGUAUCGCGGAAGAGCAGCAGCCGAGCGAUCAGCGAUCCUUGAUCACCGGGUGCGGGUAUGCAGAGCGAGUGGAAAGCAAGGAGCAAGGAAGGAAAAAAAGCGAAGGUGUGAAGUGGUGAGAGUCGAGGGUAGAGAGGGCAAAGGCAUGAAGCAAGUAGGCUGCCUUUUACUCGCGAGAUGUCGCCAGAAGCGGGGGGCGGCUCUCGACGACGAGGAUAUAUACGAGGCGCAGGAGCACUGGGGCGCCCCUUCCGGGCAACCGCUGGCUAGGUAUGGAUUUUUCGGGCAGCCUUGGCCGUCGGUCGUGUAUGCGGGACCCAGCUGCGCCGCACCACCACUACCUACGGCCGGGUGGACAACCGCCUUCACGCCGGCCGCCCCAUAACAUGCCUGCACGUGGUUGGCCCGUCGUGGCAGAGAUUGCACGCCAGCUGCGUCGCGCUGCUACGGAGUACUUCGGCCGCACCGAGCUGGACGAGCGACGUGCAGACCGCGCUGGGGAAGACCAGCUCACGAUCGUCCACCACUAUCCACCCAUCGAUCGCCCCAGCGUCGAAACGGGCCGCUUCGUAAAGAAAAAAAAAAAGAGGGAAGACACGGCCCAAGUGUCGUUUCGAGGCGAUACGACGGCGAUCAGGCACACACACGUCGCGAGGGUUGCAGCGCGCGCGCGCGCUCCGCAUGUGUCGAUGUCUCCAAAAAUAGCGGCCACCCAGGCGUCACGGCACCUCUUGCACUCCGCAGCGAAGCGCCCCACCCGCUCCGCUUUUCGCAAAUCCGGCGCGCUCGUUCCUUGCGCCGUCGCGCAACACGAGCGCCACGCCGAGUCAUGGCGCGCGACCGCCCACCCGCCGUACCACUCCACCAUGGCACUUUUCUCGACAGCUUCUCUUGUAUUUGACAUGGCGGCCGUCCAGACCCUCCGCUUGUUCUCUCGCUACCAGCUUGGCCCUUUUGUCGCCCCAGCUCAGCUUCCCCAGCUGCUCCAACGACCCCCCAGCGACUUCCUACUGCCUCCACGCCUGGCAUCAUCGUGGGAUCAGCGGCUUGCCCCUCGGUACGUCCCGCGCAUCCUUUGGCUCCAACGUGCGCGCCUGGCUCCGUUUCUGCUUGCCGCCUCUCCGGCGUCUGACGUUCUGCUGUGUCAAAAUUUCGCCGGUCCGCUAGCGGCAGCCUUGUCGCACGCACGGUCACGCCGAUGACGCUUCCAAAUUCUGCGACGAUGUCGCUAGCGUUCCUCUUGUCCUGCGCAGUCAGUC